ACCCUCAUUUGUUUUCAUUUCUAAAUUCAAAUAUCGCUAUGAAUUAUUCUUUCAUUUUCACCACCGCCUCAACACGGUGCGCAUCGCAUAAUGUGUUUUUGAAUUUCGAAUAAUUUUAAGUUUAGUGGCCAGUAUGGAAUUGUUCAAAUUUGUUUUGUACGUGUAUUUCUAUAUUGUGGUGGUGUGUCCAAAUGAGAUAGUGAGUCAAGACCAUAGGAAAGCGAGAUUAGUACCACAUGGUAACAAAGAGCAUGGCCAGACCCACGAAAGUCCCUGCGAUGUUUGUCCCCGCCACGGGCGCUGCGUACCUAAGAUCCAGUGUCCAGCCCAUAGAAGACCCGGAGCCAGCAACCCGCUGUGCCAUCUAGCAGGCCAGAGGGAUCUGCUCGGAGUCUGCUGCUUCACUGGGAGUCUACAUGCUGCCGAAGCCGACCUAAGAGCCCGUGCAGCUACUGAAGUACCAGCUGAAGAUGUGAAGACAGCACACACGGCUUCAAGACAGAAGCUUGCGGAAUGGAUCAGCAAAGCCGUGAAGCUGUUGAAAGAGCGACCACAUGUGCUGGUCAAUAGCACUGCGCCAAGCUUCGCGCAUCAUUUGUCUGUAAUGACAUACGACGAUCGAGCAGAAAAACUGGGGCUGGGCGCGCUGCUGAACUUGUUCGCUGCGCAGGAGUUGAAGUCACGGCAGGCUUUCUCCGACGAUGAUCUGGCGCUGGGACUCACUGGGAACACGGAUGGUCCAUUUUGCCCGCCGCCCCCAUCAUGCCGUAGCCCACCCAGCCGCUACCGCAGUAUUGAGGGGGAGUGCAACAACCCCGAAUUCCCCACCAGAGGCGCUGUACAUACUGAAUACGAGAGACUGCUGCCACCUGAUUAUAGUGAUGGAAUCUGGGCGAUGCGAGCCUCUACCGCCGGUCUUCCCCUCCCAAGCGCUCGAGUGGUCAGCCAGAGUUUGCUCCUAGAUGCCAACCAUCCAAGUAACACCCACAACCUCAUGUUCAUGCAGUUUGGGCAGUUCAUAGCGCACGAUGUUAGUGCCGGCGUCGUGUUUACUAUCGGAAACGGAAGCGCGAUCUCCUGCUGUGCAGGCGAUGGCGAGGUCCCACUUCCUGAAGAUCAACAGCACUGGGGCUGCGCACCUAUCGACGCCCCCCCUGAUGAUGCAUUCUACGGGACCUUCCGUCAUACAUGCCUCAACUUCGUCAGAGCCCAGCUGGCUCCUGCUAGCGACUGCUCUGUAGGCUAUGCUAAACAGAUGAACGGCGCCACCCACUAUGCAGACCUAUCUCAGCUGUACGGAAACUCUCGUUCCAAGCCUGGGUUGCUUCGAGCAGCUGGCGGUUUCCUCAACACGUUCAACGACUACGGGAGGCCUCUUCCUCCUUUGACUAGGAGAGAGGAGUGCGUGACUACCAACGAAGGGGCGGCCUGUUUUGAGUCAGGCGACAACCACGGCAACCAAGUGAUCUCUCUCACCCUUCUCCACACCAUCUUCACCAGAGAACACAACCGCGUGGCUCAGGCCUUGUCCAGGUUCAAUCCAGACUGGGAUGGGGAUACGGUGUUCUUGGAAGCCAGGCGCAUCCUGCAGGCGGAGUUCCAGCAUAUUAUUUAUAAUGAAUGGCUGCCGCUGCUGUUAGGUCCACGUCUAGUCCAGGCGUUCGGGCUAUCCCCAGCUGGUGGUUACUCUACAUCAUACGACUCUCAUGUCAAUCCAGCGCUUACCACGGAAUUCUCUACUGCGGCUAUGAGAUUCGGACACUCUGUCGUGGAUGGGAAUCUGGUGAUUCCCAGCCCAGCAAAAGGCACCGUAUACGAAACGAUUUCGCUUCCAGAAGUGAUGUUUCAACCAUCGCGUCUGCGCCUGCGACCUUUUCUAGACCGCGCGCUGACGGGACUAUCCUGGCAGCCCAUGCAAGCUGUCGAUCCGUUCGUCACGGAAUCUUUAACCCGUUACCUGUUCCACGGAGGCAACCCCUUCGGCUUAGAUCUGGCAGCCAUCAACAUUCAGCGCGCACGCGACUACGGCGUCAGAGCAUACAACAGUUAUCGCGAGCUCAUUGGUUUAAAGCCCUAUGGUGACUUUAACCAGUUUCCUCCUAGCGCGGCAAACCGUCUGUCCUCCGUUUACUCAAGCCCUGACGACAUCGACCUCUGGAUCGGCGGUCUACUUGAAGAACCAGUGGAAGGCGGCGUCGUGGGAGCGACUUUCGCCAACAUCAUCGCUGACCAGUUCUCCAGAAUGAAGAAAGGAGACCGCUACUUCUAUGAGCAUGGGCCUGAUGUCAACCCUGGAGCUUUCACUCCAAGUCAACUAGCUCAAAUUAAGAAGGUUACCCUAUCCAGAAUCAUAUGCGACAACAAAGAUGGAAUUGAGCUCAUCUCGCAACCUCCGAGUGCUUUCCUAAGGGCAGAUUUACCAGGAAACGAGCCGGUGCUUUGCGAUAGCCCACUCAUUCCAACAGUGGACCUCAGCAGAUUUAGAGAUAUUUAGUUAUAAGCUCUUAAGUUCUGGAACAUCAAAUGUUUCAUGAUCAACGUCCAAUAUUUAGUGUUUUUAAUAUAAAUGUCAGCUUGAAACGUUGAACGUCUCCAGUGCUGAAUUCAUUAUAUGUAAAGUGUACUCAUAGAACUCCUGUUAUUAUAAAAUUAAUUACAUCAUUAAAGUACGCUUUGAUUUCUUCCUCUGUUCUUGGUGUGUCAUGGUUGGUUUCUUCAAAACGGUUUCAACAUCCUCUUACACUAUUUCUUUAUGCUUCUUUAUUUCCUUUCACACUUGCUAGACUCAAACCUCGACUACCUAUUUUAACAUCUUCUUUUUCCCCUUACAACUUUUUGACAGUGUUUUAAAAGCGAUUCCAAUCAACCAAUUUUGCAUGCAACCUUUUAAAACACCGUUAAAAUGUUAUAAGUUUGCUGAUUACAAUGAUUUAUCUGUAAUGUUGAUUUGUUGUGACACAAAGCUUUUAUCGUUUUGUGCUCCUUUCUUUUCCUUUCCAAUCUAGAAUCCCACUGGUGCCCGACAGUGGGGUUUGAGAUAUACAAAACGAUAUUAGAAUUGUAUCAAUAACUAAUUCUUCUUUGACUCUAGCAAGUGUCCUCCGUCUUUUAUCUUCUUUGUCUUAAGAGUGUCGAAGAACCCGAUUCAAUGAUUUUUUCCGGAAAAAAUACAUGAAUUGGGAGUUCGAUGGAUUUGAAUGUAGGAAGAAAUUAACUGUGGAAACAUGUGAUUUUAAAAUGCUAUUAUAUUUUAUUAAUUAAUCUGAUUACGUCACAGGUGCAUGACGCAUGAUACUGAAUACAUUUUACAUUCAAAGGUGGCUUGUGCCUACUGAGCUCACAAGUCGAAAUAUUAGGUGUACAUGAGCAGUGGUGAAAUCGAAAUAUUACAAAUGUGUUUUGUGUUAUUUUAAUCGAGUGUAAUCUGUAAGAAUUAAAUUAAUUCAAUCGUUAUAAGUAUAGAAUAAUGUAUUAAUCUCAUGUAUUUUAUUAAAUAGUGUAAAAGCGGUAUAUUAGAUAAACUGUGUAUUUUUCGUAUUUUAUCAAUUAUUAUCAAUGUAAUUAAAGAGUUAAGGCUAUAGAUUUAUAAUAAACUAGGAUUUGGAGAACUGCUAUCUAUAAAGUUCCUAUACUACAUUACAAUACAUAGCUUUAUGAAAUAAUCUGAAGUAUCUAUAAUUUCUACUUAAUCUUUACCAAUAUUAUGAAUAAGAUUAUAAUUUGUAUAUAUUGAAUCAAAUAGUUCAGUAAACGUUGUAUUAUAUGGAAUAGGUAUUAAGUUAAUGCAAUGGAGCUCCACGAUAUUGAUUUUACUCAGAUAAUUAAAGAGAUUACUUACAUAUAA